AUGAUUCAAGACGUUAUAUAAGCAUGCGAGAUUCAAACUAACUUUUUAUAUGUAAAUGGCAAUUGUAUUGAUUGCUCCUUAGCAGUAAAUUGUGAAAUAUGUAUAGGAACUUUAUCUAAUAAUAUAUGUAAUCCACCAACUAUUUAAAGUUGUUAAAGGCCAGGAUAUCUAAUGAAUGAAAUGAAUUUAUGCUAUGAUUGCCGAACAUAAGAUUAAUGUGUAUAAAAUUGUGAUGGAUUUUGGGAUACUUAAUUAUUAUCAUGUAUUAGAUUUAAAGAAUUUUUGGUAUAAUCAUAUACCAGAAUAUUAUGUAGUAGUAUUAAAACAAGGCCAGGCUGCUUUAAAUGUGCCCAUUAAAGAUACUAUUGGUCUUCAACAUUACUCAGAUGUUUAAAAUGUUCUCUUUAAUAUUAAUGGGACCGUGUAAAUUUAACCUGUUCUUAAUAAUCUACAUGUUCUGAUCCUUUAUUAAAUAGAGACCCUACAUCAGGCACAUGUUUAGAUUGUAUCACCAUUGUAUGGGAAGACGGAAACUCUAUGUUAUGUUAAUGUUCAGGUGCUUUUUAUUUAGACGAAAAUAAUAAUUGUUUACCAUGUGAUAUUCAGGUUGUAUAUGUGAUGAAGGGUAUGUUUUAGUUAAUUAAUGUGUUAAAUGCAUUACUAAAUAUAAUAUAGGUUGUAAUAUGUUGUGCUUUAGGCUUUUAUUUAGAAUUAGGUUUAUGUAUUGCCUGUAGUACUUUAAAUCUAAACUGUUUGACUUGUAAUUCUUCUAAAGUAUGUCUUUCUUGCACAAAAGGUUAUUCUUUAGUAAAUUCUGAAUGUGUAUGUGACACAGUAUCCUAAAAUUUUAUAGUAAAAUCAGGUUAUUGUGAAGAAUGUUUAUUAUUAAUUGAAGGAUGUUCUAAAUGUAUUCUUGAUACAGUUACAAAUAUAGAAAGAUGUAAUACAUGUGUUGAUUCUUAUGUUUUGUCUUCAAAUUUUACAUGUAUCUAAUGUACAAUCGGACAAUAUAGAUUAGGAGAAAAAUGCUUAAAUUGUGCAGAUUAAUUUUGUGCUAAAUGUAACGAAAUAAGCUGCUUUAAAUGUCGUUCUACAUUUACUUAAGAUGCAGUUAGCAAAAAAUGUACAUGUGAUAAAGUUGUAAAUUUGCAAACAUUAAAAUGCCAAACAUGUGCCGAAAUAUUCGGCUAUUUAUGUACCUAAUGUGCCUCUUCAGGCUGCAGUUAAUGCUCUCUCCCGAAUUACACUCCAAAUAAAUUCGGCUGCCAAUGUAUAAAUGGAAAUAUCAUCAUUUCUGAUAACUCAUGUAAGCUUUGUCCUUAAAAUUGUUCGGCAUGUACACUUUCUAAUGAUUGUACUGUUUGUUAAACUGGCUUUUAUCUAUUUAAAAACAAUACAUGUUAGCCCUGUGGAGCUCAUAAAUACUACAUUUCAUCUUUGAAAGCUUGUGCAAACUGUAAUACAAAUUGUAUGAAUUGCGCAAUUGAAACAGGAGCAUGCACAGGUCCUUGUGAUAAAGGAUUCACCCUCUCGAAUUCCGAAUGUAUAUGCUAGGCUGCUUUAAGACUUAUUUUAGACGGCGAAUGUGUUUUAUGUCAACAAAAAGUUCCAAACUGUUUUAUGUGUAGAGAUGCAUUGUGCACUAAAUGUGAAACUGGAUUUAAACUUAUGGACAAUAAUACAUGUGGAAAUUGCUUACCUGGAUAAUAUUAUAUAAAAGGCAAAUUAAAAUGCCUUUAGUGUUUCCAGUGUUCUCAAUGUAAUGAUGAAACCGGAACUUGUGUUUCCGAAGAUAAAUGUUUAAAUGGAUUUUAUUUAGAUUAAAUAACCAAAUUUUGUUCCUGCAACUAUAAUAAAGUACUUAUAAAUGCUUCAGGCUAAUGCGAUUUAUGUAGUUUAAAAUACCCAUAAUGUGAAAUUUGUGAUAGUACAUUGUGUUUAAAAUGUCUUCCCGAUUUUCGACUUAUGAUAGACAAUAAAUGUGAGAAAUGCUAAGAUAACGAAUAUUAUAUUUCCUCUUCAAAGCUGUGCUAUCUCUGUCCCACAAACUGUACUUAAUGUAUUGAUGAAUCUGGUAUUUGCACAGGAGAUUGCCUAAAUAACAAUAUAUUAGUAUCAGGUUCUUGCGUAUGUUAAAUAGACAGAGCUUUAGUAAAACAAGGAGAUUUAUAAAUAUGUGAAAUGUGCUCUAAUUUAAUUAAUAAUUGUUUAUAAUGUGACGGCCCUAACUUCUGUUUAAAAUGUAGUAAAAAUUUCCAAAUAAGCAGAGGCGAGUGUAGGAAUUGUGAAUCUUUUGAACUUAAUAUGGGCGGAAAUUGCGUUGCUUGUAAUGUUCUUAUGAAUAGAUGCAAUACAUGCAAAAGUGAAACACUCUGUGAUAAAUGUUAUGAUACUUUUUAAAAAAAAACUGAUGAAAUUGGAAAAGAUACUUGCAUUUGCCCUAAAGGCUCCUAUAUAUAACCCCGAACCGCUUAAGGAAAUGAAAAAUGUCUCUUAUGUACUUCCUUUGACCCCUAUUGCAUGAUUUGUACUUAAGUUAAUGUAUGCUAAUGGUGUCAAAAUACCUAUCAUUACAAUAAAACAGCCAAAAAAUGUAUUUAAUGCACUCCAAAUGAAUAUUACUUAACCUCCGAACCAGAAAAAACAUUCCAAAAAUGCAUAAACUGUAACAGUAUACAUCCUAAAUGUAUUUAAUGUACCCCUGAUGCGAAAUGUAAAAGCUGUUCUGACAAUUACGAAAACACUAACUACACUUGCUAAUGUAUAAACGAUAGACUUUUGAUGUAUAAAAACUCACUUUUUUAAUGCAUUUUAUGCAGAGAAGCCAUCGACCCAUUAUGUAGUUAAUGCAGUGAUUAGAUAUGUAAUAAAUGUGAAAAAUAUUACUAUUUAAGUUCUGACUAUAAAAGGUGUCUUCCGGAAAUUCUAAUUACUUUCAAAGAAACUUCGGGAGAACCGCUAUCCACAGUUUUCGAAAUGAACAUAAAAGCUGCAAUAGUUCAUUUAAAUGCUAACCCGAUUUUAACAAUUUACCUAUAUAAUAGCAAAUAAGAAUACUAUAACGAAAUCAAAUCCAAAAUACAGUUAUAAUAAGAUUAUGAUUUAAAAAAAAAUUACCUUUAUGCCAAAUUUGACCUCAACAAUUAAAAAAAUCUCUUCAAUAUUGAUAACGACUCUAAUUAAAUUUAGAGAUCCGAAAAAUUUAUGCUCCAUGAAGGUUAGUAAUACUUAGUUUACACCAUUCUAGACCGGGAAAUAACUAAAUACCCUCACUACGUAACAACCGAAAUGCAACUCUUAAACCAAGAAACUCGUGAUCCUUAACUAAUAGUUUUAAAAUUCAUCGAAAGUGAUAACUUUAACACCAAAGCAGACACCAAAAAUAUGCUUUUUUUGUCUUCUGAAUAUGAAUCUCUAGGAAGAAAACUGCGUUAUGGGAUUAUGAUUAUAAUUAUGGCAAAUAUAAAACCUCAGAAUAUAUGA